AUGGCUUAUACUCUCCAAGCUUCUCUCCCGACGCCACUCACGCCUUCUAUGCCACUAUAUGGCCCGCUACCUGAACAAAUUGAAGCCUUGCCAAUUACACCGCCAGACAUACCGGCGGGCUUUGAUGAGAAGACGUUCAAACCAGACAGCGGAACGAUAAAGAAAGCCUUGCAUGUGCUCGCCACUGAACGGCAGGCGCUCUCCCAUCUCGAGGAAUUGUACACCAAUUCUGCAGAGGUCCAGGAUUCUCUUCUUCGAGCCAUCCGUCACAUCAUUCUUUCAGAGACUCGGCAUGGAAAGACCAUCUUCACCGGUGUUGGCAAGUCUGGCCACAUUGCAAAAAAGCUUGUUGCCACUUUCGUGUCGCUGGGCAUUCAUGCCAUAUUUCUUCACCCGGUUGAGGCCCUCCAUGGUGACCUGGGAAUUGUUCGACCCUCUGAUACGGUUAUUAUGAUUACGUUUUCCGGAAGGACUCCUGAACUCUUGACCCUUCUUCCACAUAUAGAUACCUGUGUACCACUAAUCAUUAUGACGGCACACCUGACCCCGACCACUUGUCCUCUGCUGUCCCAUCCAGCAAGGCAUGCCUCGACGAAUAUCCUUCUACCCACUACCAUCCACGAAUCCGAGAUCUCAUCGUUUGGGGUGUCGGCCCCAACGACUUCGACGACGAUCACUCUGGCUCUGGGUGAUAGCCUGGCACUUGCAGUCGCGGAUGAACUCCAUGCUGCUGCCGGACUUCAGACGCCGGCCAUUUUUGCGGCGAAUCAUCCUGGCGGCGCAAUUGGCGCAGCCUUCAAGACGUCCACUCCAAACAUACCCAGAAUGUCUGAACUGGCGACUGCAGUGAGCCAAGUCCCAAUUGCGAUGCCACAGCCGGACCAUCCGCUCUUGUGCUUGGAUGUGCUCGUGGCCGCAGUGAGGUCACCCCGUGGUUUCGUCCGAACCUCUCAGAAUCAUGUGAUAGGUCCACGAAGAAUUCAGAAUCUACGAGAUCCCUCUGCACCUGUCUCAGCCGCGGAGGACGAGCAUGGCAGAAUGGAGGUUGAGAAGACCGACUGGAUAUCUGUCCUCAGUUCAACCACGGUUGAAGAGUGCAAAAGGUGGAUUCACCAGAUGCGUGACGAGGGAUCGGGUCGCGGCAGAGAAUUUCUCAAGCGAGGCACUCUACUCGGGAUUGUGGACCAUAACGAGGUGACAGGUGUUGUGGAGAUAGAGGAUGUCAUGGGCGAAGACUUUGCUUGA